AUAAGCACCUGGAAUUCCUUGGGCUUUGUGGAGAUGACACAGAAGCUGAAGAUCAGAUCCUUGAAAGUUUGAAUGGGAUUCUCGUGGCUAUUACUGAAGAUAAGCAGAGGUCCUUCCACCUACUCAGAGGGAGUGGGAUCUUCCCAACUUUGGCAAAAAUCCUGAAGGGCAAUCCACGAUGUGCAGUGAAAGCAGCCCACGUGCUCUCAGAGAUAGCCAAAAAUGAGGAAAUGAAGAUACCAUGUAUUGAAGCAGAUUUGGUUCUAGCACUGAUACCUUUGCUGGAGAGCACAGACCAAGAGAUGCUGCUGCACGCUGGGAGGGCCAUUGGCCGCAUCUGUUAUGAUAACCGCAGCCUUCAGGAAGAGCUGGUCAAGGUUGGAGUGAUCCCAUCACUGGUCCGAAUAUUAACUGAUUAUGCAGAGAGUGAACCCCUUGUCCACGUUGCUCUAUUGGCCUUGUACAAUCUGGCAGACCUUGAUUCAGCCAAGGAAGCUCUAAGCAUGACAAAAGUUGCUGAACAACUGGUGAAGCAGCUGAGGAGAGCAGAGAGCCAUGAGAGGUUAGAAAUUGUCUUUGAAGUCCUGCAAGCACUUGCAGAAAAUGAUGCUCUGAAAGUGCAGUUGGUGGAUGCAGGUGUGCCAGAGGUGCUGUCUGAGAUCCUGCUGAGGCUCCAAGGCAGUUCCCAGGCUGAAGAUACAUGCAUUGUGAAGGCUGCAUCAGAUCUCAUUGUCUCUCUGCUCCUUGGAGAUGGGAACUGCCUGCGUCUGUUCCAGCUGGGGGUGAUCCACCAGCUGCUGGACCUGCUGGAGAAACACGUGCGGAGUGGGGACGCCUCUGUCCAACAGGCUGCGCUCAGCGCCCUGCAGAGCCUCGCUGUUCCAGUUGUCAGCAAGGUUCAGAUGCUGGAGGAAGGCGUUGCCGAGCGGAUCGAGGCGCUGCUGAGGUCAGAGAGCCCUCCUGUGCAGUUCAAACUCCUGGGGACACUACGCACACUAGCAGAUGGCCAAGCGGAUGCAGCUGAACUCCUGGGGCAGGACCCGCUGCUGCUCGACCGGCUGGUGCAGUGGUGCAGCGGCAGCGACCACAGCGGCAUCUGUGGGGAGGCCAACCGGCUGCUGGCAUCCAUCCUGCACCACAACAGAUCCCAGGAAGUGGUCAAAGCCAUCCAGGCAGCACAAGGAGUGAAGCAUCUGGUUUCCAUGACAACAAGUGAACAAGAUGCCAUGCAGAAUGAGGCUCUGAAUGCCUUGGCAAUAGCAUCUGCCAUUGAUUUAGAUACUCUUGAAGAAUCUUUUAAAGAAUCACAGCUAGUUCAGAGCUUACACAAACUUCUACGAGAUGACAACACAAGUCCUGAGGUGAAAUACAAUUCAAUGGGCCUUUUGUGCAGACUUCUUAAUUCAGGUGAUCUGAGACAAGAAAUAGAAGAGGACAAGAUCAAAGACACCCUUGAGCAGCUCUGCAGUCACAGCAAUGCAGAUGUGGUCAAGGGAGCCAUCACAACAUUAGAGGUGUUGAGAGGAGAGACACCCCACUAAUGUCCCCUUCUCCCACAAGGCAAGGCAGCUCUGCUGCUGAGGCACACACCACCAGCUUUGCAACUCUUGCAUUUGUCAUGCUGCUGCAGAACCAGCACUGCUGAAGCCCAGGUGCAGCUCCUGCUUUGAAAUCCUCCUCAUUAGCACAUCUCUUUGGCCUGAUACUUGCACCACUGCUGCUCCUCACUGAGCCACUAACACACAGCAGCAGGAAAAAGUCCUGUCAAGCAAAUGGGGUUAAGAAACAUCACAGGACAAACAUCAGGCAAUUGCCACUUGUUAUACAUUUUCAAGUGGCUAGGUCUUGUGAGAUUAGGAUACACACUUGUAAUUUUUCUUCUAUCAAUGGGACUAUAAAAUAAUGAUAAUAAAAGCCUUAAGCUUUUAUCAUGCAACCUGAAACAUGAGUUAGAUUAAAGCUGGAGCUUAAACAAUGCAAAGGGAUAACUGGCACCAAUGCAACAUCUGAAUGAAACACUUUGUGAAUGACACUGUAAGCCCAACUGUUAGGUGAACAUGUCAAAACCAAAACUGUCUUUAAGUUAGCUCUCCCUUCAAUCUCCAAUUUUAAAGCCCAUCUCUGAAACUGUACCUGCUGCUGUCACAAGUUACAUUCCUAAAUAUUUGAGGCUAUAGUCUUGUCCUGACUUCAGAGUUGCACCGACUGGAAUGAGACUCUGCAGAAGCAAAGUUUACAAGAAACCACAGUCAGUGAACACACUUGGACAAGCCAGUCAGAAAUUACAAGUGGGCAGGGGUGAGGACGUAGAGGCAGCCAGCAUUCCACUACCACCCAUAACAGAACCUGGGUUUAACUUUAGAUAAUGGAAAAAAAGAAAUGUAGUAAAACAAAUGUCUCUGAACAUUUCUGUGGAAUCCUUUUGUGUUUAAAAAGGUCACUAGAUGAGAAGGUAACAGAUUUAUUCCACAACUUGUUCUUAUGGGAAAUUUUUUAAGCAGUUGAAGGUACAUUGCAGCGUCAUGCUGUCCAGACCUAAAAGAUCAAAUUCAAAACAAUGAAGUAGUAGAGACUGAAAAGCUUAGGAGCAAUUACUUUUUUUUUUAGCCAGCAGAAAAGCUAUUGGGAAAAAAUAAACAAGCACUGAUCUUCAGAAACCUAUUAUAAAGCAGACUAUUUAGAAGUCAACAAGGCUUCAUGUUCUCAGUUUGAGAACAACUGGCUUGUGUCUGCAAACAAACAUGACAGCUUUGUUCCUGAAAAAGCUUUUCCACUUGCAAAACCCAGUAGCACUACUUAGCCCAUGACACUCAUCACCAAAUAUCACUCUCAGGAGUGGCCUUGAAAAAGGGAAUUUCAUAAAACCACCCAAGAGAAGUGACACUUGUUGAGUAACACAUAGGCAAGUUUUGAUCACAUAAUAGGAGAAAAGAAAAACAGCACUGUUAACUUUUUUUGAUGUCCAGAGAUUGAACAGUUACUCUACACCAUUCUGCAGCUCUUCACUUGUUCAUGGCUUUCCAUUAAAAAUGCAGAGAAAAACAUCAGUCUCAUCUAUUAUUCAACAACUUGAACUGUAAAGAAAAAAUAUAAAUAAUUAGUUUCAGCAAAAUACAAAAAUAAGCACCCCUGGACUUCCACCAUUUCUGGGUUAUCCACAAACUGCAGUCUCAGUAGCCAGUCUAAACCUUCAAGAGUGAAAUAUUAGUGACUGCAAGCAACAAAUCUCAGGAAUCAAACUCCAGGAGUAGAAAAUAUUGAAUUUUAUUUAAUCAAAUUUAAGGCUUGAGAAAAAAUAUAUUGAAAGUCACUCAAAACAGCCAUCUCAGAAGAGGAGACAAGAGCUCCCCUCCUGGUGGCUGAACAAUGUUCAAGCUGCAUGACAAUGCACAGGCAGUAAGGGGAAGAAAGAGGGAAGGAUGGGAUGGGGAUACAAAACCCAAGGCAAUUCUACACCUAAAUCAAUGGCCACAUCGAGCUCCAUGGACUGGGAGCACAAGUCUGUCCACAUGGCACUGCAUGAGCUCACCACAGCUAAAGAUCUCUUGGGAAGAAACAUUCAGGCUUUCACAAGGCAACCCAAGGUCCUUUGGUCACUGCACUUUUUUCAGUGCUUAUAUUCAUCCUCCUCUUCAUGUACAGGGAAACUCUGUCCAAAUGCAGUUAUAUCAAUAACACCAGAGGCAGCUGCACUGUAAAACACACUGACACAUACAUACAUUGGUUAACAGAAAUAAGUUGUGCUCAUGUCUGAGAAAUAAAAGAUAUCACAUUGAAGUUUGCUUCUCUCAGUCCAGUUCUUCAAGUCUGACCUCUUUUGACAUCUUCAUGAAAAACCUUGGUUCCACUGUAGUGUUGGUGAACUUGUUCCAAAUGCACCCGCUGAAAUCUCAACAUCAACAAUGUAUCAGACCUCUCCUUGAGAUCACUGAAUUCAUUUUCCUUUGAGGCUUCAGAGGCAGGCUCACAGCCAGCCGUUUUUGCUGACAAGACUUUUUUUAGACCAUAACCUAAAUCUUUAGCCAUGAAGUCACUGCACAUCCACAGAGAAGGUGCUAAAUAAAACUAAGCAGAAAGUGUUCCCAUUACAAGUCUGAAAUUACACCAGCCACCUAUGGGUGUACUUCAGCACACAGAGGGGCAAAACAACCUAGAGCCCCAGGAUUUAAAAAAUUACACUGAAUAAGCACAGAGAAGUUUAUCCACAGUGGCAAAAAAGACAACUCACUCCAUGAAUUUAUAGGUCCUCAAAUAAGUUGAACUUCUCUCAAAUUCAGUUCCAAAUAACUGAAACACUGAUACAAAGGCUGGUGUUAAUAUGGCCAAAGCCAUUAAGAAUGAACU